CAUCUUUGAUCUUUGCACGCCUUCAUUCCACCUCAAAUUUCCCUGUCUUCUCACAAGCCAUCGGCACAUACCCGCUCUGAAGUAUUAUCUGAAUGUCCCACUGAUGGAGUCUGCUCGUAUUGAAGUUCUCUUGAAUCGUCGAAAAUUGCCCCUUCCUAUAUAGCCUCCUGGAUCAACAAUUACUACCAUCCUUAUAACAUGGCCGAUCAGUCCGAAGCGGCCUUUGCGUAUCAUGAGCCUGCCAUUGCGACGGUGCUCAAUUUGGCCGGAUUCUUGCUGGUCUUGAAUCUCGUCAAUGUCUGCCUCGAUAAACUGCUGUAUUGCGGCCUCAUCGGCCAGCUGUUCAUCGGCAUCCUCUGGGGUACCCCGGGCGCGAAAUGGCUCGAUCGCGGUAUGGAGACAGCUGUUCAGCAGCUUGGAUAUCUGGGCCUGAUUAUGCUCGUAUAUGAAGGUGGUCUUUCGACCUCAAUUAAGUCGCUGAAAGCCAAUCUCCUUCUGUCGCUUUCGGUAGCAAUCACCGGAAUCAGCGUGCCUAUGGGCCUAUCCUUCAUUCUCAUGGACCUGGUCUCCGCGACUCCGUUGCAGGCUUUCGCGGCCGGUGCGGCUCUCAGCGCGACGAGUCUCGGAACCACUUUUACCAUUCUGUCCACUACCAACUUGAUCACCACCCGACUAGGAGUUGUAACGACUAGUGCGGCGAUGAUUGACGAUGUGGUCGGACUGAUUAUGGUUCAGAUUAUCAGUAAUCUUGGUGGCUCGGACUCGUUCAGCGUGGUCACUGUUAUUAGGCCCAUUUUUGUGUCUAUAGGCUUCGCUGUUGGUCUUUUCCUGGCCUGUCGAUUUUGUCUUCAGCCUGUGCUGAGGAAAUUGGUGGGCUUGAAGGAUAAGAUGCCGGGGGUGGUGCUUACGGCGCAGUUUGCGUUCGUCGCGCAUACGUGUGUUCUUGUUGGUUUGGUUGCUGGCGCGACGUAUGCGGGGACUUCGAGUCUGUUCGCUGCGUAUCUUGCCGGAGUAAUUGUCUCUUGGUUUGACGGGAUAGUGGCUGAGAAGGAGCAGGCAGUACCAUCUCAGCAGAGUGGCGCCACCGAGUCUUCAAACACUCCAGAGACAUCCGACAAUGGGAAACAGCCGACUCGAGAACCAACCCCAUUGAGCUCUCCUGUCGAACACCCACCGGCAGCAGAACGUCAUGAAACCCCAACUGGCGUGGUAGUCUAUGAACGAUACUACAAAGAGCCCGUCAACCGGGUAUUCAUCCCUCUUUUCUUCGCGUCCAUCGGAUUCGCCAUCCCGAUCACCGAGAUGUUCCAAGGAAGCAUCGUAUGGCGGGGCGUUGUCUAUGCCCUCCUCAUGGUCAUUGCCAAGUUCAUUACCGGAUUAUGGCUGGUCCGCGUCUCCUUGAGUCCAGUAUACAGCCUUCUGCGCACCGCCACGAAGCCCUUCUCGUAUGCGACUCUCGUUUGCUUUGGUGCACGAAAGCCUGCUCCUAGGCAGAAGCAAACGACCGGUACCGAGAUCCCGAUGAAGGAAAGGACACCCCAGCCUCAGACGUCGGACACAGACGAAGGGCCAUCCCCGAGCACCAAUCCAGACACGCAGCCUGAUCAACCACCGCAGGCUGAGCCAUCAGAUCAUCCGGCCCCUUCCGCCGUCCCCCAGCGCACACCGUCCAAUCGUGUCUCCCUGCCCCCUAAGCCCAAGUCCUUGUAUCCGUCGUCGCUUCUUGGCCUUGCCAUGGUGGCCCGCGGAGAGAUCGGAUACCUGAUCGCCUCGUUGGCGGAAUCUCGGGGAAUAUUCUCCGACGGAGCGUCGACCGGAACGACGGAGAGUUACCUGGUCAUUGUCUGGGCUAUUACCCUGUGUACGCUUAUUGGGCCGAUCUGCGUGGGGACCCUGGUUCGACGGGUGAAGACGCUGCAGCAGAAGAGGGUCAGAUCCGGGGGUAUGGAUCCUCUGGGGGUUUGGGGUAUCUAGAUUGAGUGGGUCGGGGUAGCUGGAUCGGAUUUUGUUCUGGGCUGUGGAACACUGCAGGUCUGGUCAGCGCUGUAGGGGGUGGAUUGGAUUGGCUGUGCCGGGGAGGGGAUGUCCCAUUGGCUGGGAUGGCUCGUAUAUGUAUUCUGUGUUCAUCUGAGUGGAAUGCUCAUAUGGUAGUCGAUUGAGUAUAUCGAUGGUAUUGAUGUCUGGAAUAGUUCUGCCUAGCUUAGCCGGUUGAGAUUGGAAGAGCGUGUCACAG